CUUACUUUUAAAAGGAGGGAAAAUGCAAAGAACUUGCAACAUGGGGUUCUUGGCACGCACGCCCGCCCGCCUGCUUUGUUACAAGUGUAUCCAAUGUCCCCAGCCACAGGGGCUUGUGGGUCUUUGCUCGUCUCGGCUCACUCGCUCUGCAGUGCUCAGAGGAGGUGGUUGUCCUGCCGAAGCAGACGCUGGCAAGCUGGCCGACAAGAUGCUGCGCACCCCCAAAUGCUCUCGCUGCCGCAACCAUGGCUUCCUGGUGCCCGUCAAGGGCCACUCGGGCAAAUGCCGCUGGAAGCAGUGCACCUGCGAGAAAUGCUACCUAAUCACCGAACGCCAGAAGAUCAUGGCCGCGCAGAAGGUGCUCAAGAAGCAGGGCUCCGACGAGGAGCAGGACCGGGCCCUGCGCGCCCCGGUGCCCGAGCUGGUCUCCGAGGCCAUGGCGGCUGCCCCGGGCUCAAGCCUCUGCCCACCGCCUCCGGUGGCCGCUUCGGGAAGCCUGGUCCUGGGCUCUGAGGGCAGCGGCCUCGGCCCCGAGCGGCCUCCGCGUGGCCCGAGCCCGGGUCCGAGCGCCUUCCAGCCGGUGGCGAUGGGCCAGGGGCCUAGCCACGUGGGGCCCACCGAACAAGCCGCGGCGGCUGUGCCUGCUCCUGUGGGAGCAGGACCCCACCUCGGGGCUGAGGCCGCAGGCAGAUCGUUCUCCGGCCGCCAGGAGCUGCGCAGGCCUCUGCGUCCUGUGCCCACCUUGCCCUUCGCCGACUUCGGGCUUCCAAUGAGCAUCAACUCGGAUUGCAUGAUGGCAUCUGAAUACCUGGAGAGAGAUCCUUCCAAACUGUACACCAGCAUGCGCUCAUAUCGCCCUUUCCCAAUGGGCUACCAGGAUGCUUCCCCAGGCUCAGGGAUCCCCCUGCAACGGGGCUUCCGGCAUGUGUCCUAUAGCCACUACCAUGGAAGUAGCUUGGUGUCAGAGCCAGUUGGAGACUUCCAGCCAAGCUACUACCCACCACCGCCGCCUCCACCAGCACCGGUGCAGCCCCAGUUCCUCCCUCCGGGAUUUCUUUCAGCACUCCACUUCCUGCCGCCGCCCCCUCCUCCACCCCCACCGUCAUCUUUCUCACUGACCAUCGUGUCUGAUACUGACAAGGAGAACACUGAUGACCCAGAUGCGGAGGUGCCUGGUGAGCCCAACCAGCCGGAGGCCAGUCAGCUGGAGCCUGGUGAGCUGGAGCCCAGCAAGGUGGAGCCCGAAGAGCCAGAGCCCAGCAAGGUGGAGCCUGAAGAGCCGGAGCCCAGCCAGCCAUCAUCUCAGGAGUCCGAUUAGGCCCAGGCCCUUGGGCCAGCAGAGUGGGGCCUCAGGGGAUGUCAGUCAUGAUUUUCUUGUGUGUAUUUGGUGAGGAAGGGAGGAUAGUGGUAGACUUGAGAUAGCAGCUAAUUUCCAUUUUGAAAACAAAAGAAAGGGUGAUAUCUGAGGUUCUCUCAAUCCUGAGCUGUGUGAUUGGAGAGGAACCUGGAAGAUGAAGUUCCAAAGGGAGGGUUGGGGCUUUGAGCAGCCGGGGCCUCGUAGAAGCUCCCAUUUAGGAAUGAAUUGAACCAUCUUUGGGCUGUGCUGCUUUUUUUCCAUUCCCCAAAGAGAGGCGGUCUUUAAUUUCUUCAGAACAGGAGGGACCAUCUAUUUCAGCCUUCUGUUUCAGCCCAUCUCCGCUAGGUCCCCAGCUGGGGGCAGCACAGACAUGAAGCUUCCAGCACAUCCAGGAGGCUGAUGGGAGUAGCCAGGCCCAAGGCGUUGACAGCAGGUCUGCAGCGUCCUUUCUGCUGCUCUGUUUCCCUCACCACCCUGUCCCUGGGGGAUUUUCCAGUUCAUAUCCUGACCCCUCAGGGACUACUUCUUCCCCUUAUAAAGUUUAAGACAUUUUAGGCAUUAUUUCUGGUUUAAGAGCAAUCUAUUAAAGUUUGACUGUUUGAUGA